UCACUUUGUUAUCAUUUGCUCAUUUGUGAGGAGAAAGCUCGGUAUCGCCUCGCCCGCCUCCCCGACCGUCCAAGGAGAAGGUUAAAAGUGUGUUUGUGUUUCCGAAAGUUGUUUAUCGUUUCCGACUCUGAACCAACCAGACAACGUUCUUAAAAAAUAGUCGUACUGUCCAAUAAGCCCGUCGGUGUAAUGAGAGCUCUGACUGUAAACAAACCGACAACGACUCCGAAGAUCGGGUCCACCUGCAGGCAAACGGCAGGAAACGGCUAACAAGUAAUGAAACGUAAAAGCUUCAAACCUUCAGUAGGCUGUGCUGAAAUGAAGAUACUGACAUUUCACAGACUACAGCUUUGUUAUCAACAAACAAAAUGUCAAAUCUCGUUCGUGCUUGCCACCUCGCUAAACCCCGGGGCGUCACCAGGGGGUUAAAUAUUUCCAAACCUGGUAUUUGUGCGCAGAGUUGCGCUGACGUUCAAACUCCUACCAUGUUUUCACCUUAACGCAACUGCAAGGUUAUCUUACAUGCACAGAAAGGAUUUAGUGUUUAAUGAACUUCAAACGUGUGGACAGAACAAAUUAAGAGUUGUUGAUUCUAUUUAUUGUGCUUAAGUCGUAAACCCCAGUGUGUCUGAAGGGUUUGCAGAUUCAGGACUGAGGAAUAAACACGUUGCUGAGUCUCCGCUGGGUGCAGCCAGUAACUGUUAGCUGGGUUUCACCACAACUAAGUUAGUAGGUAACUAAACUGGACGCACAGCAGUUUUUGUGCUGUCUCUGCCUUUGGGCACCUUCUUCGGUUCCUCUUCUGGUGGGAUGCUGCACUGGGACAUUUUGGGAACUUUCACAGUUACAGAAACUACCAGGCCCGUUUUUUGUUUAGGGCUCAAAUGUUUCAGCCAGGCUUCACAGGUUGUACUUAACUUGAACAAAAAUCUACUCCCAGCGAUAGAUAACGGCAACUUUUGGACUGAAUUGAGACAGAAAUGUAAUCCGAGGUUUAAACAGGCACAAACGUUAAUGAACUUGUAUCGGGAGUGGCAGGUGUAGCACCAGGAUCAAUCACUGCAAUAUGACACAUCCUGCUGUCCGGUCCAUAUUAGCUCAAGGCAAACACGCCAGCUAGUCAAAGGAGCUUUGUAGUCCGAGGUGACAUCAGAUAUGAAUUGCUGUGUUAAACACUUGUGCGAGAUGUGGAUGCUGGUCCUUCAGUUGAUUUGCACUGGUUUGUGCCUAAAGGUAACAGUGUCCUACCAAACAUGCCGUUUGAGGGGACAAAGAGCCUGGUGUGGCUUUCAGAACCACUCCUGGGUUCCUGCUCUGCCCCACAACAUCACCCACCUCUAUCUGCAGAGUAACCACAUCAGUGAGGUUAACAGCACCUCGCUCAGAGACUUUAAGGAGUUGCAAGUAUUAAAUCUUGAAGGUCAGGAUCAAACACUCGUCAUAUGGAACAACGCUUUCCUCGGGCAGAGGAAGUUAACAGAAUUGAUGCUCGGCUCUAAUCUGGGCCUCAAACUGCAGCCGAGGGCGUUUGCAGGACUGUUCAAUUUACAAAACCUGUCUUUGUAUUAUUGCAGUCUGACAGACUCCAUACUAUCAGAAAGCUAUCUGGAACCACUUUUGUCCUUGGAAGUGCUUGAUCUCUCGUUCAACAACAUAACGAGACUGCGGCCAGGUCUGUUCUUUUCAAGAUUCACAAAGUUCACGCAGCUGAAACUCAAACUAAAUAAGAUCGAAAACAUCUGUGAAGAAGAUCUUGUAAGUUUCAGGGGUAAAAGGUUUGAGCUCCUGAGCUUGGACUCCAACAAGUUAUACCACAACGAUGAAUGGGGAAACUGUGGGAACCCUUUCAAAGAGCUAGCCUUCGAUGUUCUCGAUUUAACCUCCAGUGGACUACAUGUGAACGAAACAAGGCAGUUUUUCCAAGCAAUAGAAGGGACUCCGAUUUCUCAUCUUAAAUACUCUGGAAUCUUGGGCAAAGGGUUUUCCCAUGAGAACUUCCCAGAUCCAGAUAAAAAUACAUUUGAAGGCCUGAAAAACAGUGCAGUGAAAAUUUUGGAUGUCUCUAACAACCGCAUAUUUGCUUUGCAGAGUGCCGUGUUCAGUCAUCUAAGAGAUGCAAAGAAGAUCGAUAUUUCACUGAACAGAAUCAAUCAGAUUAACAGAAAUGCUUUUGAUGGUCUUCAGGAUCAUUUAUUAAUACUCAACCUGUCAUCCAACCUUUUAGGACAAAUACAUUCUCACACAUUCACCAAUCUGAGAGAACUUAGGAUGUUGGACUUGUCCCAAAACCACAUUGGUAUUUUGGGAUACAAAGCAUUCAGCGGUCUCCCGAACUUACAGUAUUUAGAUCUGACAUCAAACUCACUGCGAGAACUGGGUUUUCCUACACCACUGCCCAAUUUAGAAUAUCUGCUUUUGAGAGAUAAUAAGUUGAAAUCUCUCAAUGAAAUUGAUGACUUGGCCAUGAACAGUAUCCAUGUCGAUAUUUCAGAAAAUAGAUUAACAAAUAUGGAGGAUGUAUUUUUCAUUUUAACUUAUCUCCCGAGACUUCAGGUUUUAUUCUAUGGUGACAACAUCAUCAAGUGGUGCAAACGAAACUAUGUGUUUGAACCUCUUAAUAACAGUUUGAAAGUGCUAGAUCUUCAUGAUAGUUCCCUGCAGAUAAUUUGGGCACAGGGGCAGUGCCUCGACUUGUUUGACCAUCUUGAAAAUCUGAUUGGUUUAAAUAUAAGCCUUAAUUCCCUCACGACCCUCCCAAAUGGGAUUUUCAGGGGUCUCAGCUCAAUCAUAGAGAUGGACCUUUCGUACAAUGCCUUGACCUUUUUGCAGCCAGAUGUUUUUCCCAUCAGCCUGAAAUGGCUCCAUAUUUCAAACAACUUCCUAGCCUCCCCCGACCCUAUGACAUUUCAGUCUCUCAGCGUUCUCAGUCUGUCAGCAACUCGCUUUCACUGUGACUGCAAUCUGGGGAACUUCCUGGAGUGGCUGAACACGACUAAUGUCACGUUUUUGAGCCCAAUUGAAGACUUAAGAUGCGAGUUUCCAGCUGCUUUCCAGGGCCUUCCUCUGCUGAAUUACUCCACAAUCAUCGAACCAUGUGAGACGGAUCCCGAACAGGCAGUCCGAGGUCUAAAGUUUGCUGUCUUCCUUUUCUCUGCCUCACUCAUCAUUACUGUCCUUCUUACUGGAAUCAUUUACGCUCGUCUCCGGGGACAAAUAUUCAUCAUCUACAAAAAAAUCAUCAGCAGGGUUCUCAAGGGCCCCAAACUGAUGCCUCUUGAGGAUGAGAUGAGGUAUGAUGUGUUUAUCUGUUUUAGCAACAGGGACUACCGGUGGGUGGAGGCGGCUUUACUAAAGAAGCUGGAUAACCAGUUUUCAGAAGAGAAUCUUUUUCACGGUUGUUUCGAGGCCCGAGACUUCCUGCCAGGUGAGGAUCACCUUUCAAACAUCAGAGAUGCCAUCUGGAGCAGCAGGAAGACUUUGUGCAUUGUCUCUAAGGAUUUCCUUAAAGAUGGCUGGUGCUUGGAAGCGUUUACUUUAGCCCAAGGCCGGAUGCUGGAGGAGCUGACGAAUGUCUUAAUCAUGUUGGUGGUAGGGAAGGUGGCUCACUACCAGCUGAUGAAGUGCAAUGCAGUCAGAGCUUUUGUCCAGAGGAAAGAGUACCUCACGUGGCCAGAGGACCCUCAGGAUAUGGAGUGGUUUUAUGAACGUCUCAUCUCAGAUAUACUAAAAGACAGCAAGGUGAAAAAGCUCAAAGAGGACAAGCCUGAGCCCGGGGGGCCUGAAGUUCAGCCGGAGAACAUAAAAGAGACUUCCAUGUGAACUGUGUUUCUGCUGCUGUUUAGGAAGCCUACUGAAAACUGGUAGCUUUGUAAAACGCAGCAACAGAUUCAGCAGACCUCGUGAUGCAAAGAGAAGUCCAAGAAGGCCUAAACAAUGGUGCAGUUCUUGGAUUUAGAGCAGGUGCAUCUAUACCAAACAUAAAGCCCAUGGCUGGAAUCAGCCCGGCAAAGACUCCAAGCUGACCCACGUGAUUGCUUUGCAAUUUAUUAAGGAAGGCAUAGACUUUGACCUUUGACUUUUUCUCUACGUUUUACAACUUUUCCUGCUAAUAAAAAGCCUUAAAGACUCAAAGUAAUGGAAAAACUUUUACAGCUUGUACAAAUAAAUUUGUAUUUCAGUGAUUCCUGAGAUUAGGGACAAAUCGGGUUUUAAUUUUCUAAAACAUAUUUUUUGAUUUUUCAAAUACAUAUUUACAUAUAAUUGUUACACAAAGUUUUGGCUGUCUCACCAUGUUUUGGUACAAUCUCCCAGAUAUAACAUAUUUUUUAAUAAUUUAUGUUUUUGCUGGAGAAGUGCAAGGUUUUAGUCAACAUCGUCAGACACAAAGAAAUGCAAAAAUAUAUUUUAAAUUAAGUUGUUUCAGCUAUUUUGACUAUUAGCAGCUUCUCUGUUCUACUGUUUAUGCACAUAUGUUUUCAAACUAAUUAUACCACGUUUAAAAGUAA